AUGGCGUCUCUAACACCAGGAAUCUUGUUAAAACUCCUCCAGACGAUGAACACCACCACACGAGUUACCGGCGACCACCGCUCCCCUCUUCUCCAGGUCAUCGGAAUUGUUCCUGCUCUUGCAGCAGGCUCAGAUGACCUCUGGCCUAACCAUGGCUUCUAUGUUUCUCUCUCUGACUCGGUUAACUCAACUUACGUCUCGUUAUCUGAUCGGGACACAGAUCUCAUACUCACUAAUCGAUUACAGUUAGGGCAGUUUGUGUAUGUUGAUAAGUUCGAGUUUGAUUCUCCAGUACCACGAGCAUCUGGAGUACGUCCGAUUGCUGGUCGUCAUCCGUUUGUUGGAAGUCCUGAACAGCUCAUUGCUAGGAUUUCGAGUUCUAAAAGAGAGUUCGUGAUCCAGACUGUUUCCGAUUCAGAUGCCUCUGGUGAUCCUAUUGCUGCUUAUUUGUCGAGUAAAAAGUUAGAUGGACCUGUACAUGACUCGAAGGAAACAAAAAAUGAGGUUAGGAACAGACAAGUUCUUGCACCUAAAGAGAACAUGAAUACUUCUAAUGAGUCAACAAAGACUGCAGAAAAGCCUCCUCAGAGAUUUUCUAGCCCAGCCAUGAAGCAACAAAGAUCAGUGUCAGCAGGAAAGAAGAACGUAAUUGAAAGGGAUCCUUCACCUGCCGGAAAAGCAAAAAGAUCAUCUUCUCCGGUACCUUCAAAGUGUGUGGUUCCUAGUUUAGCCAUGGCUAAAGAAGAGAACCGAAAGUCUGCAAGAGAGCCUGCCAUUAUUGUUCCUUCAAGAUAUAGACAACCUUCACCAAAUGGCCGGAGACAAGCAUCUCCAAGUUCAAGAAGAAUGUCAAUGUCGCCAGGUAGGCGGUUAUCUAGUGGAGUUAAAGUUUCUCCGGCAACUGAUUCCGGCAACAAGAAAAAGAUGGCAACUUUAGCUGCUGAGAUUUCAAAGGUUUCAGAGGCACUUGUUGGGUCUUCCACAAAGUCAAGUAGAAAGAAUUGGGAUGAAACAGAAGUGAAAGAGAAGAGUGGGAUUAAAAGCAAACCGGAUUUGCAAGCAAUUUUAAAAACCCAGGCUGCUCUUUCAAGGCGUUUAAGUGAUGCACAUUCACAUGAUCAAGAAGAUUUUUCUAGUGAAGAAAAAGCAAAUCCUAGCUCAUGUGGCACUCCUCCUUUGUCUACUACUACUACACCUCUUGGAAUCACACUUCAUGAAAAGAAAUGGACUGAUGGUAGUGUCCCUCUGGAUGCAGUGUCUUUAGACCUAGCAAAGCUUGGACAGGAUGCUAUGCGAAGGAGAAAUGUGGCUUCAGUAGCUGCAGCUGAAGCUUUGCAAGAAGCCCUUGUUACUGAAGCUAUUCUCAGGAGUUUAAGCAUGUUCUCAAAUCUCUGUUCAAUCUCAAAAGCCGGAAACCCACUACCAACAAUCGACCGGUUCAUGACUGUCUACAACGACACCAUAAAAGCCACCACAACAGCCGAAUCACUCACCACCACCAAUCGCACCACCGCACCACCACCACCAACCGACCAAUCAAAAUCCCUCGCUCUCUGGAUCGAAGCCGCCUUAGCCACCGACCUCGAAGUCGUCUCCCUCUUAGCGGACCAAGGGUUCGAGACCCCGGUUCAGCCCCAAAAGAAAACCCAAUCUAAAAUCCGACCGGGUUCAGGUUCAGGUUCAGGUUCAGGUUCAACCCUAACCGAAACAAUGAAAUCCCAUUUGACGAUUUCUUCUUGUAAUUCUUCUUUUAAUGGGUCGUGGAUUAAAGGGCGUGGGGUGAAUGAGAGUGUGGAAUUGGGGAUGAAGUUGCAGAAGGAGAUGCAGAUUUGGUUUUUGAAAUUUGUGGAGGAGUCGUUGGAUGCGGGUUUUCAGGUGUUUGGGAAGAAUGGUGGUGGGACCGGGACCGGUUCAGCAGAAGUGGGGCCGAUUAAGGUGAUUUUAUCGCAGCUGAAGCGGGUUAAUGACUGGUUGGACCGGAUGGUUUCGAAGCAAGAUGAGGUGAUGACCGGAGCGGUUGACCGGUUGAAAGGGAAGAUUUACAGGUUUGUGAUUCAACAUGUUGGAACAACAUAUGAUAACUCAUCUUGAAUCUUGAUGCCGAAUUUUGCUUCUUUUUUUUUGGAAUGAUAGUUUAUGAUCUUUUCAUAAAUUUGCAAAUUCUAAAUAUGGAUUCUGUGUAUGUGUAUGCAUGAGAAGGCAAGCUCUUUUGCCAUAUUGUAUGACAUCAUGUUUUUGGCAAUAAUCUUAUCAGUCGAAGUUGUUUUAGAAUUA